UACAAGUCUCUCGCUCUCUCUCUCCGGCAACCCGUCACAAAAGUUUCUGUCUUUUUUUAUCCGGUCCGGUCUGGAAUUAGGACGAAACCCUAACUGUUUCGAGAGAGUGCGAUUUUAAAACAUUGAGCAAGCAAAUGAAAGGGAUAGGGAGGAUUGUGAACUCUCUUUCGCGACUCGGUGGUCGCGAGAUCAUUUCUAGAGGAAGUAGUAAGCUUUCUUCUUCUCUUCUGGUAUCUCGUCGCUCGCUCUUCAUCUCGGCGGCAGCGCACGUACCGACCAAUUCACCUGAUCUCACCUCUUCUAAAUCUUCUUUACUUCCUCAGAAAUGGGCUUUCCUCGGAGGGCAGAGAAGGACCAUGUUUAUACAAACGCAAUCAACUCCGAAUCCUUCUUCUCUCAUGUUUUAUCCUGGAAAGCCAGUCAUGGAGGUUGGAAGUGCUGAUUUUCCUAACGUUCGUUCAGCUUUAAAUACUCCAUUAGCCAAGUCCAUUUACUCCAUCGAUGGUGUGGUUCGAGUUUUCUUUGGCUCUGAUUUCGUCACUGUGACAAAGUCAGAUGAUGUAUCAUGGGAUAUACUCAAGCCUGAGAUAUUUGCAGCUGUCAUGGAUUUCUACUCUUCUGGCCAGCCUUUGUUUCUCGACUCGCAAGCUGCUGCUGCCAAGGAUACUGCCAUCAACGAGGAUGACUCUGAAACCGUAGCAAUGAUCAAGGAGCUCUUGGAAACCCGCAUCAGACCAGCAGUCCAAGAUGAUGGUGGGGACAUUGAGUAUUGUGGGUUUGAUCCUGAAAGCGGAAUAGUGAAGCUGAGGAUGCAAGGAGCUUGUAGCGGUUGUCCAAGUUCAUCUGUUACAUUGAAAUCUGGAAUAGAAAACAUGCUCAUGCAUUACGUACCCGAGGUGAAAGGUGUAGAACAAGAGUUCGAUGGGGAAGAAGAGGAGGGAACGUUGUCUGGAGAGGUGAGAGAGUAGAGUAAGACGUCUCCUCAAGCUUCUCUCUCCUCUUUUCCUCAAUUAGUGUACAGAAGAAUAAAUUCCAGUGAGUGAGUGAGUGAGUGCACUCUUUUCUGUCACUCUUUGAGUUGAUUUGUUGGUGUUUUGGGGCUUUUGAAUUACAGUCAAGAAUGUUCUGAGAGAUCAAUAGUUGAUCUGGUUUGUAACAUUUGUUAACCUACAUGAAUAAGUUUUUUGAAUGGUUU